CGGCCCCAGCGCCGCUGACCCUGUCCGCCGCGGGCGGGGACGCGGGCGGAGGUGGUGCCGCCGCGGAGCCCCCGGACGCGACCAUGUCGGAGGUGCUGCCCUACGGCGACGAGAAGCUGAGCCCCUACGGCGACGGCGGCGACGUGGGCCAGAUCUUCUCGUGCCGCCUGCAGGACACCAACAACUUCUUCGGCGCCGGGCAGAACAAGCGGCCGCCCAAACUGGGCCAGAUCGGCCGGAGCAAGCGGGUUGUUAUUGAAGAUGAUAGGAUUGAUGACGUGCUGAAAAAUAUGACCGACAAGGCACCUCCGGGUGUCUAACUCCCCCAAAGACAAUGAGUUAAGGGAAAGAAUAAGAACCGCGGCGGGAGCAGUUAUUGGCAAAAAGCAUGAAAAAGAGAAAGCACUUUGCAAUUUAUUACUAGCUUGCUA